UCUGUAAUCGCCCUCUUGUGAUGUGAUUCCUGCAGUUGGUCCAUCUGCCAGAGGUGUUCAUUGCACUCUCAUUCCCAGCGCUACACACGUUGAAAUGGCCAUGAUGUAUUGUCACGAUCGUCGCAAGAUGUCCGCGUCCUUGGAUUGAGACCGCGCGAUUGGCUGUGGGAUUGACAGCGUUUCGACUAGCAGUGUCGCUGUGGACUCCUGCUUUGCCGUUCCUCUGCGACGAUCACUCCUCAUCACCUUCCGAAACGUCUUAAGGGGACUGGGGAUCAUGCCGCCGCUGCCAACAUGUUGUUCGGGUGGUGGAGAGCGCCGCUCCCCGUCGAAGCGGAAUGUGGAUGGCCCAAUCAACUCAGGAAAGAAGCAUUUCGAAUGCGCAGUUUGCUACAAGAAGUUUCACCGAAGAGGAGGUCUUGCAAUUCAUCUUAGAACCCAUACAGGGGAGAAGCCUUUCGAGUGCACGGUCUGCAAAAAGGAGUUCAGCCGAACAGAUCACCCAAGAACUCACCUUAAAACUCACACAGGGGAGAAACCUUUCGAGUGCACAGUCUGUGACAAGUUUACUCAAACAAGUAAUCUGAGAACUCACCUUAAGACCCACACAGAGGAGAAGUCUUUCGAGUGCAUGGUCUGUGACAAGAAGUUUACUCAAGCAAGUAGUCUAAGAACUCAUCUUAUGACCCACACAGGGAAGAAGCCUUUCGAGUGCACGGUCUGCAAAAAGAAGUUUAUCAAUGAAGGUCAUCUAAGAACUCACCUGAACACCCACACAGGGGAGAAGCCUUUCGAGUGCACGGCCUGCAAAAAGAAGUUUAUCCAUGAAGGUUAUCUAAGAAGUCACCUGAAGACCCACACAGGGGAGAAGCCUUUCGAGUGCAUGGUCUGUGACAAGAAGUUUACCCACGCAAGUAGUCUAAGAACUCAUCUUAAGACUCACACAGGGGAGAAGCCUUUCGAGUGCAUGGUCUGUGACAAGAAGUUUACCCACGCAAGUAGUCUAAGAACUCAUCUUAAGACCCACACAGGGGAGAAGCCUUUCGAGUGCAUGGUCUGUGACAAGAAGUUUACUCAAACAAGUAAUCUAAGAACUCACCUGAAGACCCACACAGGGAAGAAGCCUUUCGAGUGCAUGGUCUGUGACAAGAAGUUUACGCUAGCAAGUUAUCUAAGAAAUCACCUGAAGACCCACACAGGGGAGAAGCCUUUCGAGUGCUCGGUCUGCAAAAAGAAGUUCAACCGAACAGAUCACCUAAGAACUCACCUUAAGACUCACACAGGGGAGAAGCCUUUCGAGUGCACAGUCUGUGACAAGAAGUUUACUCAAACAAGUAAUCUAAGAACUCACCUUAAGACCCACACAGAGGAGAAGCCUUUCGAGUGCAUGGUCUGUGACAAGAAGUUUACUCAAGCAAGUAGUCUAAGAACUCAUCUUAUGACCCACACAGGGAGGAAGCCUUUCGAGUGCACGGUCUGCAAAAAGAAGUUUAUCAAUGAAGGUCAUCUAAGAACUCACCUGAAGACCCACACAGGGGAGAAGCCUUUCGAGUGCACGGUAUGCAAAAAGAAGUUUAUUCAAGCAGGUAAUCUAAGAACUCACCUUAAGACCCACACAGGGGAGAAGUCUUACGAGUGCACGGUCUGCAAUAAGAAGUUCACUCGUGGAGGUUAUCUAAGAACUCAUCUCCAAACCCAUGUAGGAGUGCACAGUUUGCGCUCUGACGUUUAGUCGAGCAAGGAGUCUGAAAAUUCACAUCUGGUCCAAUGAAGCUUUAUGGUUUGUAAUGGCGGUCAGGCUGGCGGUGGCCUGCGGAAGCGUCUCAGUAUCCAUGCAAGGAAGUCACUCCCAGACCGCCGCGUCGCGGAAAGAGGAGCCGAUGCAAGUUGCUUGUGCGAUUAUUACGUGCAGAAGAAUAGUUUUAAAUAUCAGACAAUUAGCUGUGACGUACAUAAGGGAUGUCUGUUGUUCAAAUCUUGUCUAUUUUGUUUUAUUAUAUUUGGUCUCUACAGAAU